AUGCGCGGCAUCCAGGUCAAGGCAUAUGUCAAGAGCCCCAAGGAGCUCACCGUGACAGACCUCCCAGACCCCCAGCCAAAGAGCAAUGAAUACCUCGUCCAGGUCCACGCCGCGGCCACAAACUUCUUUGACAUCCUACAAGUCCAGGGCAAAUACCAGCACCAGCCUCCCUUUCCCUGGGUUGCAGGCGCCGAGUUCGCCGGCGUUGUCCUCGCCACGCCCCCCGGCGCAAACAACCCUCGCUUCCCCGUCGGCGCGCGCGUCUUUGGCGCCGGGCAGGGCGCCUUCGCGACCAAGCUUACCGUCGCCGAGACAUCGCUCCUCCCCGUGCCCGAGGGCUGGUCGUUCCAGGAGGCCGCCGGCCUCUUCGUCACGGCGCCCACGAGCUACGGCGCCCUUGUCGUGAGGGCGGGCAUCAAGAAGGGCGACGUUGUCCUCGUCCAUGCCGCCGCUGGCGGUGUCGGCCUGGCUGCCGUCCAGAUCGCAAAGGCAUUUGGCGCCACGGUCAUUGCUACUGCGUCCACAGACCACAAGCUCGCCAUUGCCAAGCGCUUUGGCGCAGACCACAUCGUCUCCUACAAUGACCCCUCGUGGCCGGCCAAAGUCAAGGCCCUGACCCCAAAGUCCGCCGGCGUGGACAUUGUGUACGACCCCGUCGGUCUGGUCGACCAGUCCACAAAGUGCACCGCCUGGAACGGCCGCAUCCUCGUCGUCGGGUUCGCGGCGGGCACCAUUGAGAAGGUUCCCACCAACAAGUUCCUGCUCAAGAACAUUAGCCUCGUAGGCAUCCACUGGGGCGCGUACGCCAAGUUUGAGCCCCAGACGCAGGUGACCGUGUGGAAGGGCAUCAUGGAGCUCGUCAAGGAGGGCAAGCUCAAGGGGACCGAGUACUCGGACGAGGAGUUUGUCGGGCUCGAUCGGGUCAAGGACGCCCUCGUGGCCCUCGGCAGCAGAGGUACCUGGGGCAAGGUCGUCGUCAAGGUGCCGCAAGACGGCGGCAGCAAGCUAUGA